GUUUUUUUAGUGUCAAUUACGAAAUCCCCAAGUCAAAGAACAUUCACAAGUCCAUGCUUCUUCGAGGCGUUAAGCUCCCGCAACCGGCACUCGACAAUGGGGACAUCCAAGCCGUCAAAUCCAGAGCUCAGCAUUCGGGUCGAUCAUUCGGUGGUGCACCUUUCCGCAAUGGCAGAGGCGGUCGCAUGAACUAUGCCAGCAACCGAAACGAUAGCGACCGCCCGAACCCGUUUGCAGCACACCUUGACCCUAAAUUCGCGCCCCCUGGCAAUUCUAAUGCGCCGAUGGGCAUGUCUUCCGGUUGGGCUCCUCCUGGCUCAGGACAUGGAGGCUAUUCUCGAGGACCGCCCCCUCCUCCCCGUGGUGGUUCUUACCACCGUGGCGGGCACUACUCGGGCCAGCAGCACCAAAACGCACCCGGGAACAACUACGAUUACUACGGACGAAGCCAGCAGGGUUACUAUCAGCAAGGGUCCUAUGGUAACAACUCUGGUAAUCAGUACCAGGGUAGACAUGGCGGCGGCGGCGGUAAUGGUGGGUAUGGCCGGGGAGGGUAUCAAGGCCGGGACCAUUACUCUUCGCGAGGCUCUGGUGGUGGAUACGGUCGUUAUUAGUGUUUUCAAGGCCAGGGUCAGAUCCGCUCGGAUUUGUGUCUCAGUUGCCGAUCGUACCUGAUUUAGUUUAUGUUAUGUACGACCCUUGGUGGGGGAGGGGGUUUUUGUUUGGGUUUUUUUGUCGUUUGGUUGCGGUUUUCUCCAUUUGCAUGAACAGUUCCUGCUGCUGUUGCAACUAUGCGAAAUAAGAACUAUGAUGGGAAUUAAAGAACUGGGGCACUUGGGACAGGCGUUGAAAGGGACAACAUUCAGCUGGUGACCUCGAUCAUGAAUUUACUCUGUGGUUUAGAAAACAGGACAAACGAGCAAUGAUGUAGAUCCGAGCAAUUCUGG